AUGUCAUCCCACAUCAAAUCCCCUUCGGCGCUUUUGUUACUGCCCUCGCCUCCGUCAUUCUCGUUUGGCGGGGUCAAGGAAGCAUUCGAGGCCUCGAUAUCGGAUGUGUUCGUGCAGCUGUCUAAGUCGCUGAAAGGCUCUGAUCGGAUUGCAACCCUCGAUAUUGCUUUAGCAGUCCCAGGCUUGCUUUCACCAUCCAACAGGCCGCGUACAAAGAUCUUUACCGAGGUGGAACAUUAUGUCGGCAGCAUUUAUACUUUGAUUGGGGCCGUGGGGACUGCUCGAGAUAUCGAACUUGACUCACCCGGUGGUAUAGAUGCUCGCCUAGUUUUUGUUGAUUUUCCGUCAUCAGACGCUGCAGCCUCACAAGUCACUACUAGCUCAAAGAUUGGGCCAAUUCUUGACAUUCAGUCCCUGGCAACCUCGGGUCGACAGUGGGACCAUGUAUUUUUUCCAGGCAACCAAGUCGGCCGGGAUUUGGCCGACUCCUUCCUUAGUAGUUUGACCGGUGCCUCCAAGGAUCACACCGCAUCGAUCCUGCAGACGGUCUCCAGCGAAGAGUGGUCAGCCCCGCAGUCUCCUCUGGUUCCUGAGGACCAGCCGUCCCUUCAGCCCCACUACUCGAUUGCGGUUGGAGGAACGUUCGAUCAUCUUCACCUCGGUCACAAACGACUGCUCACAGCACUGGCACUAGCACUGGAGCCGCUUGAUGACACUAGCCAGGAUCGAAAGAGGAUUUUGACGAUCGGUGUGACUGGUGAUGCGUUGUUAGUGAACAAAAAGUUUGCCGAAUACCUAGAAAGCUGGGAAGAGCGGUUCCAGUGCACUGCAGCCUUUUUAGCCGGCAUUAUGGAUUUUUCGAACGGAUCUCCCCGAGUGGAACGCAGCAGGACCUUAGAUGGCAAGGGACAAGUGGUGGUCAUGCAAUUUCAACCCAACCUGAUCUAUAAGUUCGUGGAGUUCUUCGAUGUCUGCGGCCCAACCGUUACCGAUGAGAACAUCAGUGCGUUGGUGGUAUCGAAGGAGACGUCAGCUGGAGGGGUAUUCGUCAAUGAGGAGCGGUCCAAAAAAGGCUGGACAAGAUUGUCUAUUUUCGAAGUGGAUGUUCUGGUGUCUGGAGAGGCCAGGGCGAGCGCCAACGGGUUCGAAGACAAAAUCAGCAGUACUGACAUCCGCCGACGACGUAUGAAUCGGGCCAAGGUAUGA